AUGUUAGAGGUGAAGUCUAGCCUUCCUUCUAAUAAGAAGGGUUAUUCUGAAGGCUGGUUUGACUGGUCUUUUCAUUGUGGAGCUUCUCACAAGACUUUGAAGAUCAAGCAAUUCCUGGCCAAGAAACAAAAGCAGAAUCAUCCCAUUCCCCAGUGGAUUCAGAUGAUAACUGGUAAUAAAAUCAGAUACAACUCUAAGAGGACGCAUUGGAGAAAAACUAAGCUGGGUUUAUAA